CCCCUCAUGUGACCUCAAAUGAAGCCUUUCCCUCCCUUUCUCGUUCAAUUUCCCUCCUUUUCUUAUUUUACAUUCGUUUCUCGAUUCUCCUCUGAUUUAUGUUCCACUUCUCAAAUUAAUUAAUCAAAUCCUCUUGGCUUUCAAAUUUCAACCCAAAUUGAAAGAAUUCAGUUGCAAAUGAAACUUCCAUUGUUAACUCACUCAUUUUAGCCGAGUUUCAGGCAUUACAUUAAUGGGAUUUUAAUACUCCGUAUUUCUUUCGCUUCCUUUUCUUUUGGUGAGUAUUUGAGUUUAUAGCAAUAAAGAUAUAAUGUCAAUUGUUUGCUGCAUGGUUUGUUUGUUAAAUAUGUGAUUGAGGACAUAUGAUUAUGGGUUUGACUGUUUGAGUUUGUAUGACUCUUUUAUGAGAAAUGUAACUUAAAUGGGGAUGCACAUAAGGUGUUUGAUGAAAUGUAUGAGAGAGUGUUGAACCUUGCAUUUGUUGUGACUUUAUCCAAAAGCCUUACACAAAUAGAAAAUGAAAAAAAAGAAAGAGAACUACGGAGUAUAUUAUCUAAUGCUCCGGCAGCUUACUGGUUGAUUAAGAAGUUUAUCAUUAGUUUAACCAAAGAUGCUAUACUUGAAUUCAUCAAACAUGUAUAUAAAGGUUUCUACUUAUAAAGUAUUGGUUGACUUGUUGCGAAAAAGUAUAUGCUCAUUAGAUUACGGAGGGGAUUCCGGGAGAAUUUGUACACAUAUUCUUCAUAUAAAUACUUGUCUUUCUUCCCUCCAUUUUCUACACAAAUCAAACUCAAACUUGUUAAUCAUGGUGAAAGGACAACAAUUAGAAGUGCUAAAAGCACUUGAUGUGGCAAAAACACAAUGGUACCAUUUCACAGCAAUCAUUAUUGCUGGUAUGGGUUUCUUCACAGAUGCAUAUGAUUUGUUUUGCAUCUCCUUGUUGACCAAGCUUCUUGGUCGCAUUUACUAUAAUGUUCCUGGAUCGAGUAAGCCCGGUGCAUUGCCUAUUAACGUCGCUGCUGCUGUAAGUGGAGUAGCACUUUGCGGUACUCUAGCAGGCCAACUCUUCUUCGGUUGGCUCGGAGACAAGAUGGGGAGGAAGAAGGUGUACGGUAUCACCUUGGUUAUGAUGGUUUGCAUGUCCAUCGCCUCUGGUCUUUCCUUUGGGAGCACUGCCAAGAGUGUUAUGACUACCCUUUGCUUCUUCCGUUUCUGGCUUGGAUUUGGUGUUGGAGGAGAUUACCCUCUAUCUGCCACCAUCAUGUCCGAGUAUGCUAACAAGAAGACUCGUGGUAGCUUCAUCGCCGCUGUCUUUGCUAUGCAAGGCAUGGGUAUCUUGGCUGGUGGGGUUGUUUCCCUCAUAGUUGCAUCCGCAUUUGAGGCCAAAUUCAAGCCUCCCCCUUUCAAAGUUAAUGCGGUUGCCUCCCUUCCACCAGAAUGUGACUACAUUUGGCGUAUUGUCUUGAUGUUUGGAGCCUUUCCUGCUGCUACAACAUACUACUGGCGUAUGCAAAUGCCCGAGACUGCUAGGUACACUGCCCUUGUGGCCAAAAAUGCUAAGCAGGCUGCUUCAGACAUGUCUAAAGUCCUCAAGACUGAAAUAGAAGCCGAGGAGGAGAUGGUUGACAAAAUAGGUAAAACUGAACAAAACCAAUUUGGGCUAUUCACAAAAGAAUUUGCUCGCCAAUAUGGUGUUCGCCUCCUAGGAACCACCAGUACAUGGUUCUUACUCGACAUUGCAUUUUACAGUCAAAAUCUUUUCCAAAAGGAUCUUUUUACCUCUGUUGGUUGGAUUCCACCAGCAGCAGAAAUGAAUGCUAUCAGGGAGGUGUAUAUGGUUGCAAGAGCUCAAACACUGAUCGCUCUUUGUGGUACCGUCCCUGGAUACUGGUUCACUGUUGCUUUCAUAGACGUAAUUGGAAGAUGGUGGAUCCAAAUGAUGGGAUUCUUUUUCAUGACUGUUUUCAUGUUUGCUAUUGCAUUCCCCUACAAUUACUGGAGUAAGAAGGAGAACCGUAUUGGGUUCAUUAUAAUGUAUGGGCUCACCUUCUUCUUUGCCAACUUUGGUCCUAAUGCAACCACUUUCGUGGUACCGGCUGAGGUAUUCCCAGCUAGGUUGAGGUCUACCUGUCAUGGUAUAUCCGCAGCAACUGGAAAAGCCGGGGCCAUAGUAGGAGCCUUUGGGUUUGUGUACGCCUCACAAGAUCCUAAUCCAGCAAAGAGAGAUCACGGUUAUCCAGCGGGUAUUGGAAAGAGUAAGUCCCUUAUCGUGCUUGGUGUCAUCAACUUCAUUGGUAUGCUCUGCACUCUUAUGGUACCCGAAUCGAUGGGUAAGUCUCUUGAAGAGUUAGCUGGUGAGGUCGAGGUGGACGAAGUUGAGGAUGAACACAAGGGAUCUGCAUGAUCAUGUUCAUUCUUUGGUUUUUGUUCCAAUUUUUUUAAUUUGUUUGUAUUAACUUGGUUUUUUUGUUUGUAUUGAGCGCCAAUGAUUAGUUGGGUUCAAAUUCUUUUUGCUUUUCACUUUUGUAUUGAACUAUUUGAUUUGCUACUAAAAGUAGCUGAUGAAUUAUGAAUGCAACGAAAACUUUGAUA